AUGUCUUUAAUGUUUUUCCACCUUAUUUUCAAAAUUUUAGUAUUACUUUCAGUCGUAGGCAACACAAAAGAGGGUGGUGUGGAAGCAACAAGAAUUUUUACAGCCGAGGAGCUCAAGAAAGCUACAAACAAUUAUGCCAAUGACAGAAUUCUUGGUCAUGGUGGCAAUGGGAUUGUAUAUAAAGGUGUGCUACGUGAUGCUCGCGUAGUUGCCAUUAAGAAAUCUAGAAUUGUGGAUGAGAGUCAAAUUGAGCAGUUUAUCAAUGAGGUGCUUAUUCUCACUCAAAUCAACCAUCGAAAUGUGGUGAAGCUCUUUGGGUGUUGUUUGGAAGAUGAAGUUCCUUUAUUGGUUUAUGAGUAUGUCUCUGAAGGAACACUUUACGACCACAUUCACAACCAACGUGGAGCAGGUUGGUUAACUUGGCAAAAGCGAUUGAGAAUUGCAGCAGAGAUAGCCAAUACACUUGCUUAUCUUCAUUCAUUUGCGUCCAUGCCUAUAAUUCAUAGAGACAUUAAGUCUGCCAACAUAUUGUUGGAUAAUGUUUACACAGCUAAAGUGGCAGAUUUUGGAGCAUCAAGGUUAAUUCCUCUAGAUCAGACACAUGUGGCUACAUUGGUUCUAGGGACAUCAGGGUACUUGGAUCCAGAAUAUUUUCGCACAAGUCAAUUGACGGAGAAAAGUGAUGUUUACAGCUUUGGAGUAGUUCUGGCAGAACUUUUGACGGGGUUGAAACCUAUUAUUAGGGCUAGAAACGAAGACGACAAGAACUUGGCCGAUUUUUUUGUGUUGUCCAUGAAUAAGAAUAGCUUGUUUCAUAUUAUUGAUCGUCGUGUUUUGCAGGAAGGGAGCCUUGAGCAACUCCAAAUGAUGGCUGAGCUGGUGAAGAAAUGCCUUCGGCCUCAUGGAGAAGAAAGGCCUACAAUGAAGGAAGUGGCUAUUGAACUUGAAGGUCUGAGAAAGAUAACUAGAGUCUCUUGGUCUAAUCAGCAUGGAUACGAAGAGAAUGAUCAGGAUGAAUUAUCAGAUCUUUACACAGUUCCCAUCAACUCCUAUGUAACUACCUCGAAUUUAGAUAGUUCUCGUAUAAUGCAUCCUACAUACAGUCCAACUUGA